AUGAUGCGCUUGAUGCUGAUGGCCAUGGCGGCCAUGGCAGCUCCUGUCGUCGGCCAGGUCGCCAUGUUCUUGGGGACAAUGAAUAUGCCUCAGAACGGUGACACCCUCGACCUGGGAGACAAGGCGCUCGCAUGCUGUCGCGAGAAGCUGUGCCCGAAGUUCAAGAGCGAGCAAGAUUGCACGUGGAUUUCCAGCGGAGAUCUUUCAUGGAAGCAGAAGCUGAGCGACGACCUCGACAGAGUUCAGGUCAUCGACAACCGAUUGGAACAAAUACAUGGAGAUGACAUGGAUGAUCCCUCAGCCCGAGAGGAGAAGCAAAUUCUUCAGGUAGCUCCGCUAACAGCCAUGUGCGAUGAAGUGCUCGAUUCCGAUCAGCCGGGGGAAGAUCUUGCAGAGGAGCAGGAAGCACGCAUUCAGUGCAUCACAAGCUUUGUUGACAUUGCCUACGGAGCGUGCGCAUGGCAGGAACAGGAAGGCCAGUGUGUCAGUGUCGUCUCUUCCAAACCCACGCGUUCGUUCUCCUGGAGCUCGACUCUCAGUCUCCUGCUCGUGAUCUCGGCAAUCCUUGCCAUCACUUAUUACGCGGCCAAGCCAGCGGCAUCUGAGGGGGAGGUGGAGAAGAGCGAGUACUCUUCUUUAGAUCAGGUUCUAAUCUCUGAUUGCCUGGUCCUCUACUAA